GGCUGAGCCAAAGCGAUUGCGCGAAAGAGACCGCACAGAAAAGGAAGCGGAGACAGAACGAAGAUCAGAUCGACCUGCAACGAUUGCGAGUUUGUGUGUGUGAUAUUUUAGUGCAUUAUUUGCAUAAGAAUUAGGCGGUCGCCAAAAAUACUAUUCGAAAUAGUGUGCACAUAAAUAUUCAAUAAAAUAAUAUUAGAAUGCGCUAGAAAACUAAAGUUUGACGCGGGCCAAAGUCAAUGAAAUCGCGUUUCCGGUGGCAUUUGAUCGAGGCGAAACAAUAAAACUUUCGGGCCUCAACUAAAUACAGAGAACAACAAAAAACCACAGCUGGCAUUCCAAUUGUAAUUGGGGUAUCAACGCCCUCAUCACCGCGCCCAAGGGGUAAUAUGUUGGAUCAGUCGGGUUCCGAAACCCAAACCCAAGCCCGAAUCGGAUAUAUGCGGUGAGAAACGAUAGCGACGAUGACGACACAACGAGACGACAGCGAAAACAAAGUUUUGAUUUUUAUAAAAGACAAGGUUCGCAUCAAGUACAAAACAGUUUCGUUCGAAACGUUGCCGUGUGAAGAGCCGACUGAGGGACCGAGCAUUUCCGAGACAGUUUCAGUGCGUCUAGAAAAAGUUACUUAAUACCCCGCCAGAUGCACCACCUAUGACUCCGCCAGUACCAGGCGGCGCGUGCUUCUGUUGAUCGUAUAAACUUUAUUUCCGAAGGCGGCGGCACUCGCAAAAGUUUCACCUGCUGUCAGCCAGCCCAGCCCAGCCCCAGCCAUUGUUUUGAAUUUAUUUUAUUCGUAACUUGGACUGUGUAAUUAACUCUAAGUCCGUCGGCAGUGUUUUUUUGUUCAUUUGUGGGAACUCCCCUUCGCACACUACGCGGAAAGAUGAAGUCCAAUCCUGCUUCGGAUCACGUCUACUUCAACGAUGGAUUCAAGUGCUCAACAAUCAGCAUGCAUACCAACCUCAACGAACAGAAUGGAGGCAGCAACAACAGUGUGGGAUCUCAAGGAUCCAAGGAGUUUAUAUUGACCGAGGACGGCAAGAAGGUGAAGCCCUCGCGGAGUACGGUGGAGUGCACCCGCAGCUGGCUACAGGAUUGCAGCAGACGGACAUUUAACCGCAAGACCCUGCACAAAAGACUGCCCAUCCUUGGGUGGCUGCCACGUUACAGCAGUCAGGAUGCAGUCGGGGAUCUGGUGGCUGGCAUAACUGUGGGCCUGACGGUGAUUCCCCAGGCUUUGGCCUAUGCUGGAAUCGCCGGACUCCCAGUAGCCUACGGUCUGUAUGCUUCGUUCUUGGGCUGCUUUGUGUACAUCUUUCUGGGCAGCUGCAAGGAUGUGCCAAUGGGUCCCUCGGCCAUUGUGGCACUGCUGACAUUCCAGGCGGCUCAGGGAUCAUGGCAAAAGUCGGUGCUGCUGUGUCUGCUGUCGGGCAUUGUGGAACUGCUGAUGGGACUCUUUGGGCUUGGCUUUCUCAUUGACUUUGUUUCGGGUCCGGUUUCCUCCGGCUUCACCUCCGCCGUCUCCCUCAUCAUUCUCACAUCCCAGAUCCAAAGUGUGCUGGGCAUCACGGCCAAGGGCAACACCUUUGUGGAGAUCUGGACGCAGGUGUUCCACAACAUUGAGCACACACGAGCCGGCGACACCGUCUUGGGCCUCACCUGCAUUGUGGUGCUGCUCCUGAUGCGCUCCCUCUCCUCCUGCCGCAUCGGACCCGAAGAUGAGCAGCAGCGAUCAACCUUCCAGCGGGUGGUGAACAAGGUACUCUGGAUUGUGGGCACUGCUCGCAAUGCCAUACUGGUGAUAGUCUGCUGCUUGAUGGGCUAUCUGCUGCACAGUGAGGAGCAUGGUGCUCCAUUCCGCGUGGUGGGUGACAUCCCGCCCGGACUGCCCAACGUACAGUGGCCCCCCACUUCGUUGAGUGCCAACGAGACGAGCAAUGGCGCUGCCGAGAGCUUCGUGGAGAUGGUCCACAGCAUGGGCUCCGGUUUGAUUGUGGUCCCGCUGAUCUCGCUGAUGGAGAACAUUGCCAUCUGCAAGGCCUUCGCCAAUGGCAAGUCGGUGGAUGCUUCCCAGGAGCUGAUUGCCAUAGGUACGGCCAACAUAUUCAACUCCUUUGUCCAGGGCUUUCCGGGAACCGGCGCCCUGAGUCGUGGGGCUGUCAACAAUGCCAGCGGAGUGCGCACCCCACUCAGCAAUAUAUAUUCUGGUGGUCUGGUGAUGAUUGCUCUGCUAUUCCUCACUCCGUACUUCUACUUCAUACCGCGUCCCACACUGGCGGCCAUCAUCAUAUCGGCUGUGGUGUUCAUGAUCGAGGUCAAGGUGGUUAAGCCCAUGUGGAGAUCGAAGAAAAGCGAUCUGGUGCCUGGUGUGGGAACAUUCAUGGCCUGUCUGGUACUUCCACUGGAAUGGGGUAUUCUCAUUGGCGUCGGGCUUAAUGUCAUCUUUAUACUGUAUCAUGCGGCGCGUCCAAAGCUCUCCACAGAGCUCUUGGCCACACAAUCGGGCAUUGACUACAUGAUGAUCACGCCGGAUCGAUGCCUAAUCUUUCCGUCCGUGGAUUAUGUUAGGAAUCUGGUCAACAAGCAGUCCAUGCGCCAGAAUGUGCCCGUCGUCAUCGAUGCCUCGCAUGUCUAUGGGGCCGACUUUACCACAGCGACCGUCAUCGACUCCCUGAUCAGUGACUUUAAUCAGCGGGGACAGCUGCUCUUCUUCUACAACCUGAAGCCGAGCAUUUGCGCCAUCUUCGAGCAAGUGUCAGCGGCACAGUUCGUCGUCUAUUAUCAGGAGGAGCAGCUGGACGAUUUGCUCAAGGAGCGGAACUACACACAGAAGCGCUCGGAGACGGCCUGAACUCCCCUAAUACGUGAUACAUUUAGAUUAGUUCAAAUUACUAGUGUAGUUAUUUAUGGUAUUGUAAAUAUGUAGGUUAUAAGAAACUUUUUUUUAGUAUUAGCCAAAGCACAUACACUAUUAGAAAUUGUAAGUAAGCCAAAAAGUUACUGUAGUUAACUUUAACCUUAGAUUCUGUUUUAAAUUAAUUAAACGACCAAAUUAACGCCUU